UCCAAGGUACAGUUGGUGUCUAUUUGCCUGGAGCAACAGAGGAAGAAGGGAAGUCAGGAACAGGAGGAGGAUAUGAAAUGUGUGGUUAAUGGCCUCCAUGAAAAACUGCCUUCUUUGUAAUGAGACCAGAAAAACUGUACAGUGCCUGGCUACCAUUACUGAAUGUUUUGAUCAAGACUCUAUAGAAGAAUUCUGACCAAAGGGAGAAAAUGAAAACAGAAUUUUUAAUUCUCAAGGAAUCCAUAUUUUCUGGAGCCAUGGAGUCUGGAUGAAUCCCUGAAACUAUUACCCUGAGAUAAUCUAUAAACCUUAAGCCAAAAAGUCCCCUGAAGUUGUCUUAAAAACAAACAAUAGUUUAGCUUAGCUAGUAAAGAAGGCCUACCUUGAGCAUUUUGCUCUUUUAAGAAUUAUCUAAAUGGGAUCAAAAGGAGCAAUGCAGGCACAGUGGUUAAAGCACCUGAUCAGUGGUUGGAACCCACCAACCACUCCAUGGGAGAAUGAUGUGGCAAUCUGCUUCUGAAAAGAUUACAGCCUUGGAAAUCUUAUGGAGCAGUUAUACUCUGUCCAAUAGGGUCGGUAUGAGUUGGCAUUGACUCAACAGCAAUGGGAAACCCAAAAUAGUUACAUGGGAUCAAAGUGACAACAGCAACAAAAAGGUUAGGUAGGAAACUUAGGGGGCAGUGAGUUUAGGUUAAUGGGGAGGAGCAAUUCAGAAAAGGAGGGUGAAAAUGGUAGAACAGCUUUAAGAAUAUAAUCAAAGUCACCAAAUUGUUUAAUUGGUAUACGUUCUGCUGUGUAUAUUUGCAACAAAAAUAAAAUAAAUUAAAAAAAAAUUAAGUUCCCAAAUGAUUGAUAUAGGUGUUAAGUGUUGGGCUUCUUGUUGGUUUUUGUUUGUUUGUUCUUCUAAUUCUAGACAGAAGUGUCCAACAAAGAAAAUGGAAGAGGCUCUCCUACUCAAUCAAUCUUUAGUGACACACUUUCACCUUAAAGGCUUAUCUGUGAAUCAGAAGGUACAGAUAUCUGUGUUUGCCAUAUUCCUCAUUUUCUAUGUCCUGAUACUAAUUGGGAAUAUACUCAUUGUCAUAACAAUUAUCUAUGACCACCAGCUCCAUACCCCCAUGUAUUUCUUUCUCAGCAACCUGUCCUUUAUUGACAUCUGCCACUCCACUGUCACCAUCCCCAAGAUGCUGGUGGACACCUGGUCAGAGAAGAAGCUCAUCUCCUUUGAUGCCUGCGUGACCCAGAUGUUCUUCCUUCACCUAUUUGCUUGCACAGAGAUCUUUCUCCUCACUGUCAUGGCCUAUGACCGGUAUGUGGCCAUUUGCAAACCCCUGCAGUACAUGACAGUGAUGAACUGGAAGGUAUGUGUGCUGUUGGCUGUGGCUGUCUGGUCAGGGGGGACCAUCCACUCCAUAGCCCUGACCUCCCUCACCAUCAAGCUGCCCUACUGUGGUCCUGAUGAGAUUGACAACUUCUUCUGCGAUGUCCCACAGAUGAUCAAACUGGCCUGCACGGAUACCCACAUCAUCGAAAUUCUUGUCAUCUCCAACAGCGGGCUGAUCUCUGUGGUCUGUUUUGUGGUGCUCGUGGUGUCCUAUGCAGUCAUCCUGGUGAGUCUGAGGCAGCAGAUCUCCGAAGGCAGGCGGAAGGCCCUCUCCACCUGCGCAGCCCACCUCACUGUCGUCACACUGUUCCUGGGGCACUGCGUCUUCAUCUAUUCCCGCCCAUCCACCAGCAUCCCGGAGGACAAGGUGGUGUCAGUGUUUUUCACUGUUGUCACCCCUCUGCUGAACCCCAUCAUCUAUACCCUUAGGAAUGAAGACAUGAAAAAUGCCUUGAACAAGUUAAUGGGGAAGAAGGAAAGAAAAGGAGAAAAAUGAAAUGGCUAAGCCCUUAGGAUGCUCAGUGUUCCACAUCAAAGAAGUUUCUUGCAAAGAAUAAUUUACAUACUGUAUUUAUCAGACUAUGUGGCUCAUAAAAUUAUCCUCUGGCCCAGUAUCUGACAAUAGCUAUGAUUUUUUUCCAUUUCUUCCAUUUGCUGGAAGUUGUUCUAGUCACUUUGCAUCUACCUAAUUCUCAUAGGAAUGCUGUGAGGUAGGUAUUAAGGUAUUAUUAUCCUCAUUUACAGAUAAGAAUUAAAGUUCGAAGAGAGCAAAUAGCAUGGCAGGUCACCCAGCUAGGAAAUGAUGAAGGCAGGAUGUGAACCUAAGUGUAUCAAUGUAAGUUCAUACUGUUUUUAUUAGAUCAUGCUGCCUUUUUCUGCUUUUGUCUUAGGCAAUAACCAAGGUCUAAACAAAGCUUUAGAUUUCUGGG